AUGGCCGACCAGCUCGACUCCAUCGUCAAGGGAGCUCCCGCGCCGGAUCGCGAUGUCCCCAGCCCCAAGGCUGGCACGCCGAUCCAGAGCGCCACCAAGGCCGGCGACCCGCUGUCUCACACGCCAAGCUCUCCAUCCAUGGUCUACCUGAACCUUCUCAUCCUCGAGGCAUCCCUCCGAGCGCAGUACCUCGACCUCCGGGCUCGUCGCAGACACCACAGCUUCUUCCUGUCGCUGUUGACCCUCUGGAUAGCUGGCUUUGGGUACGCGCUCUUCUUUGCGCCGAGAGAGGAUGGGCGAGGAGUGGGAGGGUCAGUCUACUGGAUGGUUGAGACGACAGAAAAGGUCUGCUUCAUGGGCGGUGUCAUCACCGCCCUGCUCGUCUGGGUCACUGGCAUGUGGGAGCGUGGAGUGCGAUGGCCGCGAAGGUGGUUUGCCAUAUCGAAUAGGGGGCUCAGAGGCUUCAACUGCAAGCUGGUGGUUAUGAAGCGACCUUGGUACGCCGAGACAUUGGCAACAGUCGGCUGGUUCCUUACAUAUGGACUCUUCUCGAACACGGGCGGCUCUUCCUAUCGACACGUCGAGCCCUCGAUCUUGCGCGAGGUCGAUAGGGAGCUCAACCUUUCCGCGACUUCGCACCCCACGCUUCCUAUCACGGGACACGACGAGGAGAAGGGUGGUCGCGAGGAGGAUCUUGCUCCGGGCGGAGACUACGUGAAGCUUCUUUUGCUCGCCAAGCCUUUCUCUCCGACAUUUAGAGAAAACUGGGAGCUCUACAGGACGGAAUACUGGGAGAGGGAGAAUGAGAGGCGGGCCUUGAUUCGGUCCAAACUGAAGGAGAGGGAGAAGCAGCUUCGCAAGCAGCAGAGUGUCUGGUUCUGGUGGCUCCCCUGGCAAAAGAGUGUCACUGAGAGACAUCCUACCCCCGAGAGAACGACACCCCAUCCUCGUCACGCCGCGAUUGCGCACGAGCAUAGGCGCAGCCGCAGCGGUAGUAGCCUGCGGCGCGGCAGUAUGUCCAACACGUCCUCGCGGGCACCCACGCCCACAAUCGAAGUGGACGAGUCUGGAGUUGCUCGGAAGGCCAGCAAUGCCUCGAGCGGCUCCGAGAAGAGGAGAAAGAAGACGAUGUCGGGAUCCGGCCCCAGAUCGAUGAAGCGGCCAGGGAUCGACUCGCGCUCCGUCACUCCAGAGAUGUCUUCGCCUCUGGCUAAGGAGAGCAGCAGCUUGAGUAACACCUCCGUAGAGACUGGCCCUACGCCAGAGAUGGAAAGUGGUAGCGGGAGGAUGCUGCGGAACUCGGCCUCGAGAUCUAGCUCCAGUGCUUAA